AUGAGUGGGUUUGGUUACAGUCCUUCAACUGACGAGUACAAAGUUGUUAGAAUCUACCAUAAAAGGAACGACAAAUGGUAUUCUCAGGUGUAUAUUCUUGACAAUGAGAAUAAUAAAUGGAAGGAGGAAAAAGAGAACCCCAACUCGCUGUUUCAUAAUAUUGGUGGAAAAUCAAAGGGCGUUUUUAUAAAUGGAGAGAUACAUUGGCUGGAUAAGGCAUCAAAGAUUGUUGCUUUUAACUUAGCCAAUGAAGAAUUCCACCAUAUAGCUUCACCACCUCUUGUAGAAGAAUGUAAUGAGGAAUUCCACCAUAUAGCUUCACCACCUCUUAUAGAAGAAGGAAAAUCUAUUGAGAAGGAACUUUGUGUGUUUGGAGACUGGUUAUGUCUUGUUAAUCAUAUAUCGGCCACACGGGAAAUAUAUCCACAUUUCCACAUAUGGUUAUUGAGAAAGAACAAUGACAUAAAUGUGCAACAAAACGGAACCUGUAAGUGGAACAAGGAGUUUACUGACUAUUCUAAAACUAGAAAUCCUUGGGAAAUUCUUUAUCCACUAGGUUUUACCAAGAAAGGCAAGGUUUUGUUUUGGCAGGAUCGUAGAUUUGUCUCUUGUUACGACCCAAGAACUGGGUUACUUGAAAGUUUUAAUAAGGAUGGCAGAGGUUAUGAAUUAGGCGCGAGACCCAUACCAUGUUUUGAAGUACAUCAUCAAAUUAACAGCUUUGUUUCGCUAAAAGCUUUUGGUGUCAAUAACUGUAGGAGAAGACUGCAAUAUAUGGGCUUAAUCGGAAUGGGAAAUCUAACAAUGCAAACUUAG